AUGCUGCUUUUUCCAAGGUCCCCAGUAGUUGGACGAAUAUUAAGGUCAAGUCUUAGAUCUAGAUCUAGUCUGAUACGGAACCGCUCGCCGAUCAUAAUAUCGGUAUAUAAGUUAUCAACUCAGCGGCCUCUAUUGUUCAGUUCAGUUGGCUCCAACUUAUGGAAUGACGCUCGAAAGGAUCCUGUUCACAAGAAAUUGAUUGAACCUACUUCGCCUGUCUCAAAACCUAAAACUCAAGCGGAGAAGGUAAGCAAGGCACCAACAAUGUCAGAAUUGAAAAUCUUGAAAGACCUGUUUCGUUAUAUUUGGCCUCAAGGCAAUAAUAAAGUGAGAAUAAGAGUGUUAAUUGCACUUGGACUAUUGAUAUCAGCGAAGAUCUUAAAUGUUCAAGUACCCUUUUUUUUCAAGCAAACUAUUGAUUCAAUGAAUAUAACGUGGGAUGACCCCACUAUUGCCCUUCCAGCAGCCAUUGGACUGACCAUUCUUUGUUAUGGUACUGCAAGGUUUGGGUCCGUUUUAUUUGGUGAAUUAAGGAAUGCUGUGUUUGCCAGGGUGGCACAAAAUGCCAUCAGAACUGUAUCGUUACAAACCUUCCGGCAUCUCAUGAAAUUGGAUUUGGGCUGGCACUUAAGUAGGCAAACGGGUGGUUUAACGAGGGCUAUGGAUAGAGGUACGAAGGGUAUUUCUUAUGUCUUAACCGCGAUGGUAUUUCACAUUAUCCCAAUAAGUUUUGAAAUAUCCGUCGUUUGCGGGAUUUUGACAUACCAAUUUGGUGCGUCAUUUGCAGCUAUCACGUUUAGCACAAUGCUACUAUAUUCCAUGUUCACCAUAAAAACAACAGCUUGGAGGACCAAUUUCAGGAGAGAUGCCAACAGGGCGGACAAUAAAGCUGCUAGUGUGGCAUUAGAUUCUUUGAUAAACUUUGAAGCAGUAAAAUAUUUUAAUAAUGAGAAAUACCUUGCAGAUAAAUACAACGGCUCAUUAAUAAACUACAGGGACUCUCAAAUUAAAGUAUCUCAAUCUUUAGCAUUUCUGAACUCUGGCCAAAACUUGAUUUUCACCUCUGCGUUAACGGCAAUGAUGUACAUGGGUUGUACCGGUGUGAUUGGCGGAGACUUAACAGUAGGUGACUUGGUCCUGAUCAAUCAAUUGGUUUUCCAACUCUCGGUGCCAUUGAAUUUCUUGGGUAGUGUUUACAGAGAACUCAAGCAAUCUCUGAUCGAUAUGGAGGCAUUAUUCAAAUUAAGGAAGAAUGAAAUCAAAAUCAAGAAUGCAGAACGGCCAUUAAUGCUACCAGAACACGUCCCCUAUGACAUUACUUUCCAGAACGUUACAUUUGGGUACCAUCCUGACAGGAAAAUUUUAAAGAAUGCUAGCUUCACUAUCCCAGCAGGCUCGAAAACUGCAAUAGUUGGAUCUUCAGGUAGUGGUAAAUCCACCAUUCUAAAGCUAGUAUUUAGAUUCUAUGAUCCUGAAAGCGGUAGGAUCCUCAUAAAUGGGCGUGAUAUCAAAGAAUACGAUAUUGAUGCGUUAAGGAAAGUGAUUGGCGUAGUACCACAAGAUACACCACUUUUUAACGACACCAUUUGGGAAAAUGUGAAAUUUGGUCGCAUUGACGCGACAGACGAUGAAGUGAAUACAGUUGUAGAAAAGGCUCAAUUAGCACCACUGAUCAAGAAACUACCUCAAGGCUUUGAUACCAUUGUCGGAGAAAGAGGAUUGAUGAUUAGUGGUGGUGAAAAGCAAAGGUUGGCAAUUGCAAGAGUUCUACUAAAGAAUGCAAGGAUCAUGUUUUUCGAUGAGGCCACAAGUGCUUUAGACACACACACAGAACAAGCCCUUUUACGGACUAUUAGAAGCAACUUUCCCUCUGGCUCGAGAACAAGCGUGUACAUUGCACAUAGACUGAGAACUAUUGCAGAUGCCGACAAGAUCAUAGUCUUUGACAACGGGAAGGUAAGAGAAGAAGGUAAGCAUCUUGAACUAUUGGCUACACCCGGUUCGCUGUACCGGGAGUUGUGGACCAUUCAGGAGGAUCUGCACCAUUUGGAAAAUGAGCUAAAAGACGAUCAAGCACUAUAA